AUGAGUUUGUUGUAUUUCAUCGUGUUGUUUUGUUUUGUAAAUAAUUAUUAUUGUGCACCGACUUAUAAAACUCAUGAAGUGCCCUCAGUGAAGGCAUUAGAAUUUAUGAAAAGAUAUGGCUACAUUAAAAUGGACACUGGAGACUCCGAGGCACUAUAUACAGAAGGGGGAAUCUCCGAAAUUAUUAAAGUAAUGCAAAGAUUUGGAGGCAUUGAGGAGACAGGUGUAUUUGAUGAUGCUACAAAAAGACUGAUGACCUUACCUCGAUGUGGAGUACCUGAUAUAAUCCAAAAUAGUCGUCAAAAACGAUAUGUACUAGGUCCUGAAGGCUGGGAAAAGAGAAAUAUCAGUUAUCAUUUAGCCAAUUGGUCUCCAGUAUUAGGGGAAGCAACCGUUCAAAAACAUAUCCAGAAGGCCUUAGAUACAUGGGGAGGUUAUGGAAGGUUAAACUUCUUCAGAAAUCCUUCUCCAAAUGCUGAUAUAAUUGUACAAUUUGCGCAAGGAUAUCACGGAGACAGUUUUCCCUUUGAUGGCAGAAGUGGGAUACUAGCACACGCAUUUUUUCCUGAUGCGUUAAAUCAACUUGGAGGAGACAUCCAUUUUGAUGCUGACGAACACUGGAUCGAUAAAUCGCAGAAAGAUCAUGAUGAAGAUGGAACCGAUUUCUACUUUGUAGCUUUACACGAGUUGGGGCACUCGUUGGGUCUUGCCCAUUCUCCGGUUAGAAGUUCAAUCAUGUUUCCUUAUUAUCAGGGUUCUGACAAUCCUCCUCAAUUGGGGUAUGAUGAUAUUUUGGCAAUGUAUGAUUUAUAUAUUCGCAGAACUCUCAAAGAGGACACUGAUACUUCGACAAAUAAUAUUAAUGGAGAUAUAUCCUCAAGCACUUUAAAAACCACAACUGAACCAUCAACAACGAGUUGGUCUACUGAACAAACAUAUUACUCAAGGUAUUUGAAUAUAAGAAAAAUAUUUUUUCAGAACUUUUAAUUUAUCAUUUUUAAAAUAUUCCUGACUAUAAAGAGUAUGAUUCUGAAGAAAUUACUUCUACAACGACAACAUUGCAAACAGAGACAUCGACUACAGCGACAUCGACUAAAACACCUGAAUAUGAUGAUGACUAUGAAGGAGAAGUGUACAAAAAUGACCCACCGGGUACAAAUGCAAAAAGAAUUCCAGAUAUUUGUGAUGGUCACGUGGACGCCAUUGCUAAUUUAAGAAAUGAAUUGUUUGUGUUUAGAGAUCAGGUGAGCUUAUAAGACUUCUUUUCAAGUGCCAUCUCAGCAGUUGAGGUCGGCAAUCAUUAUAGCUAUUCGGACUAAUAUAAAUAAUUCGUAUUCAAAUUAAUUAUAAGUUAAUGGAAAAUAUAGAACAGCUAAAUGAUUUUAGGUGACAAAUUCUGGAUUCACACAGGAAACAAUUUUCUUAGCAGAAGUCCUGAGCCUUUAACCCAUCUAGGUCUUCCGGAAUAUGUCACAAAGAUAGACGCAGUUCAAAACUGGAAACGCAAUAAGAAAACAUAUUUUUAUGCUAUGGAUCGUUUCUGGAGAUACAAUGAAACAUCACACGAGAUAGAUCCAGGUUAUCCCCAACACAUGCAACGAUGGAGGGGGGUUCCUUCAUAUUUAGAUGCAGCUAUAACAUGGAAAGAUGGCUUCACUUACUUCUUUAGAGGAGGUCUUUUCUGGAAAUUCGACAACGACUGGAUAAUGGUAACGGACGAUUCACCGAUGCCUACCCCUACUUAUUGGUUUGGAUGCCCGGAGAAGAACAACAUAGUUUUAAGUUGGUUUUUACGAGAUCCCUGA